UUUUAGGUUAUGACUGUUAUGAGGGUUAUGAGUUACGGAAAACUCCGGGGAAAAGCGAUAAUAUUUAAUAAAUUUAAAAAUUAACAAUAUUUUGGUACUUUUUAGUUCACACUAUGAGUAUUGCAGGCUUAACUAGAAUAAUUCCCAACUUUCUAAAUCGUUGUACCAGCCAAUUUUUGAAACCGAUUUCACCUAUUCAAGCCACUGUGAUCGAAAACGCGGCGGAUGUUAAACCAGGAGGCCUAUUUAGUAUUAUAACCCGUUCCAUUAUUCGAAUACAUUUUCCAAGACCCUCUGAGAGAAAAAGAAUAAAAAGACAUGGAUGGAAUGCUAGAAUGAAAACUGCGUCUGGUAGACGAGUUCUAAUGAAUAGGAUAUUAAAAGGAAGAUUUGUAUAUUCACAUUAAAUGUAGAAUAUGUAUAGAAUGUAGAGUUGUUUUUAGUGAUGAAAUAAAUUAGAAUUUUGUUUUUAA